GUGAAAGGUCAGAAGUUCUACAAGGUUCGAUGGCAAGGAUUCCCACCGGAUGCAGACAGCUGGGAGCCAGAAAAAAACUUGUCCAACGUGCUCGAUGCAAUUCGUUCAUUUCACCAGAGGGAACGUUGUAUGGAUGUAAAGCCGCCUUCAACACGCAAAGACCGCCUGUCUAGUGUGACUGACUCUCCAGCUUCUGUUCCAACUCCACCUUCAACUCCGAGCUCACUGAGGGGCAGGGGGGAUGGGGAACGUCUGCGUGGCGCGAGCGAAGAACGUCAGACGGGACAACAGGUGCUUAAACGAAAACACAACACCAAAUCCCGUACGAGUGGGCGUUUUGAGUAUGUCCCCAAACACCAGUUGGUGGCAUCAAAAACUAAGUAUUUUGAUGACAUUCGGGAUGGAAAAAUUGAUUUGAGUUCGAACGAUCUGUAUUCCCGUGUGAAAACUCGCCGCCGUGCCACUGAGCCGUCCACCACCGCGACAAGUAGUUGCGAUUCCAUAACAAGUACGAAUAACAGUGGCACCGAAGAGACGGGACAAACUGGAGCACAACCUACAUUGACAUUGCUACCCUACACGCUCAAGCGAGAACCUACUUCUCCCUCUUCCGACUGUUUCAAUGCUGGUGAAUCACUUAGUGGUUUCCAGUCAACUGUUGAUAGCACCGAAUCUGAACGGAUGAAGCCAAACUUUUCAGACCCUGCGGACGAUCUCCCUGAAUCCGUUCCAGAUUCUAUGGCACAGUGCUAUUCUGUUCCGGAGUUCGAGUCGUGUCCGGAGGAUCCAGCACCACAGUCGAAAAUCACGCGGGGAGUUCAGUGCGAUGAGCCCUCGUUUCCUUCGGGUCGGCCUCUGGUGACUUUGUGCACCUCUUGUGUUCAGGCUCAACCAAAUUUGUGCGAUAUGGCUGUGUCACCCCUUUUUUCUGCCCGCUGUUCCCCGGUGGUGCUCGAGCCGUCCGACUGCUUCACA